AUGUCUGAUGGUGGUGCAACCAAAACUGAAAUAACUCACAAUGCCCCAAAGCCUCAAGUUAUUGACCGACAAGGAUGCCAAGACUUAGAUGUGUAUAUUGAACAGCUUUAUGAAUGCAAGCAACUUACUGAAAUUCAAAUUAAAGGAUUAUGUGAAAAAGCAAAAGAAAUUUUAAAAACUGAAAGUAAUGUUACUGAAGUACCAACACCUGUAACCAUUUGUGGGGAUGUUCAUGGGCAAUUUCAUGACCUAAUGGAACUUUUUAGAAUGGGUGGUAAAGCUCCUGAUACUAAUUACCUUUUUAUGGGUGAUUAUGUGGAUCGUGGAUAUUAUUCCGUUGAAACGGUCACCCUUUUAGUAUGCUUAAAAGUUCGUUAUCCAAAAAGAAUCACUAUUCUUAGAGGUAAUCAUGAAUCCAGACAAAUUACACAAGUUUAUGGAUUUUACGAUGAAUGUUUAAGAAAAUAUGGAAGUAGUCAAGUAUGGAUUUAUUUUACUGAUUUAUUUGAUUACUUCCCACUAACUGCUUUAGUUGAAGGUCAAAUUUUCUGUCUUCAUGGAGGUCUUUCACCUUCUAUUGAUACUCUUGAUCAUAUAAGAUCGUUAGAACGUGUUCAAGAAGUUCCUCAUGAAGGACCUAUGUGUGAUCUUCUUUGGUCUGAUCCAGAUGAUAGAGGUGGUUGGGGAAUUUCCCCAAGAGGCGCUGGAUAUACAUUUGGUCAAGAUAUCUCAGAGACAUUUAAUCAUUCUAACAAACUAACAUUAAUUUCCAGAGCUCAUCAACUAGUAAUGGAGGGAUACAAUUGGGCUCAUGAAAGGAAUGUUGUAACAGUAUUUUCAGCUCCAAAUUACUGCUAUCGUUGUGGUAAUCAAGCAUCAAUUGUUGAGAUGGACGAUGAGUUAAGAUAUGUUUUUGUACAAUUUGAUCCAGCUCCUAGGCGUGGUGAACCUCAUGUGACAAGAAGAACUCCCGAUUACUUCCUAUAA